CUAGAUGAGCAAAAAGGGAGAAGGGGUGCUUGCCAAGUCUAGAGUGUGGUGUGUCUAAAGUGGUCAACCCGAUAGGGUCAUGAAAGGUUGAGUCCCUGAGUGGGAUCCUCUGUCCCAUCGUCUCUUAUAAGAGGGAGAUUGAAGUUGAAGGCGUUUGGCCAAGAUGCUAGAAGAGAUGGCGGACGGUGGGAGGAAGCUUGUGACUCUCGAUGACCUCAUCGACGCCCUGGACAAGCGCGAGAGGGCGCCGAGCAAUGUCCCAAAGGUCGAGACAUUCCACUUCAAAGGGGAUCGGGUAUCUGAUUGGUUGUAUCUGACAGAGCAAGCACUGGUGGGACUGUCAGAUGAGGUCAAGCUCCAGCGGGUCCUAAGGUAUGCCCUGCAUAGCCACCAUCGAGAGGUAACUAAGGUUGUGGACGCCGCUAGUGGCAGUUGGGCAAAAUUUGGAGACCUAAUGCAAAGGAAGUAUAGGCUGGGGGAUGGCCUGUUGACCAUGGCGGACUUGGAGGCCAUGAACAAGGAAGACUUCUCUACCAUUGGGGCGUUUGUGCACGAGUUCAAGAAAAGGGCGAGGAAAGUGCACGGGAUUUAUGAGGAGGCGCAGUGCGCCACAUUUUUGGGACUGCUUACAGGCUCGGAGGCCACAAAGUUGACGAAGUAUGGGGAAGGAAGCGAGAGGCUCAUCUGGGCAACCAUUGACAAGGGAGUGGAAGAAGGGAGACUGGACCAGGUGGAGCAGCACCAAAUGAGGCUGCAAAGGCGCAAGAGGAAGGAGAGGGAUGCUACUGCAUCCGGAGCCCCAAGGGUGAAGAGAAUAGUCACGGACGUGUUGGCGGCACUGGGGUAUGAUAGCGAAGCAGAACUACAGAAAAGAGUGGUGGCAGUGGCCCAAGGCCGGGCGUCAGGAGUAGGGGACGAGGAGGCUGGGUGCGAAGACUACGGCGGAGGGGAGACGGGCUCCCAAGCCCUGACUAAGGCCCAGAGGAAGCAGCGUAAUCUGCUACUGGGAGUUCAAGAAGAGGAAGAUGAGGGUGAUGACGAAGAGGACGAGAGGCUUCGGCAGGAGGAGAACCGGAGGGCGGAACAGAGGGCCAAGAAGAGAGGGGCUCAGGGAGGGCUGGAGCCGAGUCUGCAUGAUGGCAUGCCAAAAACGAAGAAGUACGCAGUCCGGCUGGAGGAAGGCUUUGACGUGGAGCGAAUGGUGGAUAAGCUCCUGGAGGGCCAUAACGAUCUGAUGAACUUAAAGGACAUUUUGGCCUCAGCACCAAGGCUCCAGAGCGAGCUGAAAGGGCGGCUCUCGCGAAGGUUAGUGCCCAAUGUCCACCUGAGCUCAAUUCUGCCCAGGGAGAUAGAGUGGAUAGAGGCGGACACUAGGAUGGAUUGGAAAUGUGUAGCGUGUGGGUUGGUGGACUUGAAGGUGAGGGAACAGCCGAGCAUUGCAAUGGUGGACACAGGUGCGGAAAUGAAUAUCAUCCGGGAGCGGGACGCGACGAUGUUAGGGUUGGAAGUUAACCAUUCGGACCAUGGUGUACUGCACGACACCAACUGCAAGGCCAUUUUCUGUGGCACAGCGUCUAAUGUGAUGGUGGAGAUUGGGAGAGCAGGGUCGUGCCGCAUCAAUAAGGAGAAUGAGGAAGGGUUGAUAAUUGGCGAGCCUGGCUCCCUGUCGCCCCAGAAGAGGACCUUGAUGGUGGAGACCAUGAGGAGGAGGCAUUGUGCAUACGCGUUUAAUGAUGACGAGCGUGGGAGGUUGGACGUGGAUAAGAUCCCGAUGAUACGAAUCCAUACCGUCCUACACGAGCCGUGGAACCUGAGGGGCACGUGGUACCCGAAUCCGGAUGAGGAGAAGAAGGUGGUGGAUUAUUUGGAUGGGAAGAUGAGGACGCACAUGAUUAGGGCCAUGCAGAUGAUUAGUCCAUAUAUUACUCAGCCCUACAUUGACGAUUUGGCGGUCAAGGGUCCACAGGAGAAGGAGGAAGACGAAGUGAUGCCAGGAGUGAGGCGGUUCGUUUGGAAGCACGUCCAUGAUAUCGAUCAGGUUUUGGGUAUGCUGGAAGAACACAACCUGACGGCAAGCGGCCCCAAGUCGAAGCACUGUAUGAGGGAGCCCACAAUUCUGGGAUUUGUCUGCAAUGAGAAGGGGCGGAGGCUAGAUGUGAAGAAGACGGACAAAAUCCUAGAGUGGCCAGUCCCCUUCCAGUCGAUAACGGACGUGAGGAGCUUCCUUGGGACCUGCGGGUUUUUGAGGAGUUUUGUGAAGGACUUCGCCACCAAGACGAAGCAUUUGAGGAAGCUGGUGCGUCAGGAUCAGGAAUGGGUCUGGGGCGAAGACCAGGAAAGGGCUGUGGAAAGGAUGAAGAGAGAAUUAAAGGAAGGAGGUUUGGUGCUAGGAGCGCCAAACUACGAGGCCACGGAGGAAAAGCCAUUCGUUGUCGAGACGGACGCUGGGCCAACUGCCUUAGGAGGAGUCCUGAUUCAGGCGGAUGCGGAUGGGAAGGAGAGGCCGUUAAGGUUUGAAAGUCGCACCCACAAUACGACUGAGAGGAACUACUCCCAGUUUAAGAAGGAGACGUUGGCAGUACUCCACUGCCUAAGGACCUUCCGGAACUACAUUUUUGACAGGAGGCUCAUUUGGAGGGUGGACCCCACCGCGCUGGCAUGUUCCCUGAAAAGUUAUACUCCAUCUGAUCCAACCAUCGCGAGGUGGUUGACUUACAUUUGGAUGUUUAACUUUGAGUUGGAGAGGAUUCCCGGGGACAAGAACAGGGCAGAUGGGCUGAGCCGUAUCAACUGGGAUGGGGCGGGUCAAGAGUCAAUUGAAGAUACCCCACCAGUUGACGGGUUCUUGGAUCAGGAGGAGGAUGUCCGCCUCCACAUAAAUGAGUGGUCGUUGAGGGUGCCUAGCUAUGUCACGCAUCCUAUAUGGCUAGCACCAAGGGGGUACGAGCAGAAGGAGGAGUUGGUCCUCAAGCCCUUCCAGGAAGAAGAUCCGUGGGGGARUAGGGAUGUUGGCUGGAUGAUGAAGUUGGCAUUGGCAGGGACACAUAGUCUAGUGGAGGAGAGGUUGAGAGCUUCCCCUAGGGGGCGUGAUGGCAUGCCCAUUCGAUUGGAGGAGGGGAAUGCAGAUGAGUUCAUCCCCUCAUAUGAGCACUACAUGUUGAGUCUGGGGUUUCCGCGGGAGGAAUGGGUGCAAGCUAUACUUAUCUGGACGAGGCAGGCAGAGCGGCAGGUGGCCAAGCAGAUUCGGGAAAGGGCUCAAGACUGGGAGGACUGUCAGGCCCAGCUCAGGAGGGCGUUCGGACGGCCACAACACGAUAGGCACGAGCCCAGAGUUGAGAGGCGGCGGCGAAGCAAGAGGCCAAGGGAACCGGCACCGAGAGAGGCGGGGCUGGCCAGAGAGAGGAGGGGAGCCCCAACCCAGCGGGAGGAUGAGCCCGCAGGGCCUGCAUUGGCAGAGGAGUCGUUCCCUGCUUGUGGCCUCCGAGCGGUUGAGUUUCAGCGGAUUACGAGCGAGGAGUUGAGGCCGCCCUCGCCACUGCCAGCAACGCAGGAGCUGGACAUACCAAGAAAGACGCCAUUCCGAAGCUUAGCGACUCAUCUCGAUGUAUCCCAAUGGGAGGCCUCACGGCUGGGAGAGGGCUCAGUUGAGCCGGCAUGCUACGUGCCAUUGGAGGAGCCCCUCGACCCCGAGAUGGAGACAGACAUGCGAGACCGAGAGGAGCCGCAGGAUCCUGAGAUGGCAGCCGAGCGGCUGGAUCCGGUGCGACCUCAGGAUAGAGAGGUGAUCACAGCUUGGAACGAUACCCCUCCAUGCUCCCCAGCUCCCGAGCCAGCACAGCGUUCAUGGCCAGAGGGGAUUCCUGAGCCAGGCAGUGAGAAGAUCCCGGAGUUUCCCCCUGAGGCCACCACUAUACCUGAGCAGAAGGCAGAGGCGGAGGACCAGGAUGUGUGUAUAAGAGCGAGGAUGGAGGCGCCCCUUGACUUGCCCUCGGCCACGCAGGUGACCAAGAGCCCGGAUAUCGAGGAACCCGUUUCAACAGAGUUACCGCCAGUAGUGCCGCGCGCGAGCGAAGGGAUGGAGGCAGAGGCGUCGACUCCAGGAGGCCAGGGGCCGCGAGUGGAAGGAACCCCAAGAGAGACCCGCGAAGAGAAGUCCACCCGAGUGCGGGUCCGUCUGGACGAGAUGUACGCAAGACAGGCUGAGAUGGAGGCGGCGGGGAUAGAGCCGACACCGCCGGUCGAACCCAAGACGAUUGAGGAGGAAGGUGGUGCGCAGGAGUCUCUUAUGGCUAUGUCCACGGAGAGGAGAGGUUCGCGCUUGCAUGAGCUGGUGGCAGCCAUGGGGGUAGGCACUCCACAGGAGAGGCCUCAGAGGCUCGACACUCCAGAGGAUGCUCCGAGAUUGGGAGAGUUGAGGACGGAGCUGGGCUCCUGGGCCACGGAGACGGACUCCGGGGAGCCUGACUCGCGGCGACAACAACAGCAGGAGGUCAUGAGUCAGCCCACCGCUAUGGGGGGCCCUCAGCCGUCAGGGAUGUAGGCCAUGCAUCUGGCCAUCUCCUUGUCUGCGACGCUCCUGAGACAAAGCUCUUUUGCACGGAUGAUAUCGCCUGAAGCUCCAAUCAAUAUCUCAAAACGUC